AUGGAAGAUCUAGAUUUCACCCUUGCCGAUGAUGGUGGUUCCGCCUCAAAAAACAAGUCCAAGAAGCAAGUGAUGAACAAAGACUCGAAGAAACUGGUGGGGAAAUUGGCCACGAAGAUGACUUCGAAGAAGCCGGCGGCCAACGCAAAGAGGAAGAAAACAGUGAUCAAGGCGGCAAAGACGAAGAAACCCAUGAUCAAGGCAGAGACGAAGAAAAAAGAAACAAGGCAGACAACGAAAAAGGAGAGCAAACAAAAGGAGUUGGCUGAGGAGCUCUCCAAAGAGAUAGAACAAGUAUCCCUUGGAGACGAACUGAAGGUAGUGAGCAAGUUCGUGGCAGAGAUGAACGCGACGAAACUGCAGUGGCUGCAGGCCAUUGAAUCGCAUUUGGGAAAUUCCACCCCAGAUGUGAUCUACGCAGACGUGAUGAACCGAGACCGUGCCCCUGAUGUCGAUGUGAUGAUAUCAGGGGCGCCUUGCCCUCCCUUCAGCUCUGCAGGGAAGGGCAAGGCAAUGGCAGAUGCCCGGGGAUGGCUGUUGCUAAGCUCAGUCAAGUACGCAGUCAUGAGGAAGCCACUGGUCUUGGGUUUGGAGAACGUCAAGGGCUUGGCAAACGUGAAAAACAAAUGGAUAUUGAAACGUAUCCAGCGAAUCUUGAAGUUGGCAGGAUACAAGUGCUAUUGUGCAGUGAUGGAUACCAAGGAGCAUGGCAUUCCACAAAGCCGUCCGAGAGUCUACUUGAUUGCGUCGCUGAAGAAGCACUUGCGGCCUGACCGCCCUUUCAGCUUUCCUGAGCCGGUUCCUCAACCACGACUGAAGAGGUUUCUGAUGAAUGCUGGGAAGGUUGAAAAAAAGACAAAGCUGUCCAAGAGUGUGCUUUCCAAUGUCGCACGUGCGAGGCGUAAGCUGGACAAGGAGGGUGUGGACAUGGACGACGCUGAGGAUGAAAUUGUUGUUGAUGCAGCAGCUGGGCCGAAGUUCUUCCAAGUGAUGCAGGGUGUGUGUCCUUGUGUCACAAAAGCGCGAGGAGGCCAGUUGGGCCACUACCUUCUGCAGGCUGGCCGGCAUGUCAACAUUUAUGAAGUCGCAGGACUACAAGGGUGGAAAAGAGAGUGGGUGGAUGUCAUGCUGGACGCGAAUGAUUCCGUGAGUGAGCUAGGGAAGGCGUUUGGGGACGGGAUGUCUUUGAACGUAUUGCAGAGGGUCUUGCCGAGGGCGCUGUACAGUGUGAACCUCUUGCAGGAAUUGCGGAGGAUCCAUGGGAAGAUAUUCCAUCCACGGGCAAGCUUCCCUCUGCUGUCUACGAUGGCGUCUUGCGGCGUUGUUGGAAAAAAUGGGCUGCUUCUUCUUGCGUUUGUCGGCCAUGCCCGCCACGGCCCGGUAUCAUUGCCGGGCUGCAGAGGGCAAUGGCUAAGUUGA